AGAUUGUCUGAUUCUAAACUGACCGCUUCAACUAAAAUACCAACUUUUCCCCUUGCCCAGAUAGGUGCGUUGUCAUAGUUUUACAAUGAAGCCUGAAGACCAGUCUAUUCAAAGCAUUUUAGCUGCACAGAAUCGCCACUCUUUAGAAAUUGACCGGCAGAUUGAAAUUGACAGGCUGCGUCGGAAUAAAAUAAAGGAAGAGGUGCAUGUUCUCAUUUUAGGCAGCGGGGAUAGUGGGAAAACCACCUUUCUAAAGCAAAUUAAGAUUCUGUAUGGUGGUGCCUAUAAGGAAACAGAACGAAAAGCUUGUCGUUUUCAGAUUCUGAAAAACAUACGCGAGUCGGUAAUGGCCAUAAUCGCCUUUUUGAAUUUUGACGGGAGCAUGGACGAUUUCUCCCAUUUAAAAAAAAGUAUCCAAGUAGUAUCAGAGCAUCUUAAACAGCAAGAACCAGAUGGAGUAUGCAAUAUAUCAGCAAAUUGUGCUGUAGAGAUUGAAAUGCUUUGGAAAGAUCCCAAAUUGCAAGAGUAUUUAAAAGAAUUGGAUAGAACAGAGCUUCAACUUCAAGAUACUGCAGGAUACUUUCUCUCCCAGGCAUCAAAAUAUAUUCCUGAAAGUUAUCUUCCUGUCAACGAUGAUAUUGUUCGCAUUCGUAGUCCAACAUCACAAAUCACAGAAAGCAUUUACACCAUAGAAGGAUCUGUUUUUCACUUUUUUGACGUUGGUGGUCAGCUGAAACAUCGUAAACAAUGGGCACCUUACUUUGAUCACGUCAGUACAAUCAUUUUUGUCGUGUCUCUGGCUUGCUACGAUCAAAAUCUUGCUGAAGAUGCAACAGUCAAUCGAAUGCACGAUGCACUUGAGCUAUUUGAAGGUGUAUGCAAUAAUCCACUUUUGAAAAAAAUAUCAGUGACACUUUUUUUAAACAAGAAGGACCUUUUCGAGACAAAAAUAGCAACCGUUCCAAUCAACAAUUACUUUCCAGAUUUUCUAGAAUUGAACACUACUUUAAAGAAAGGUUCUAAAUUCUUUGAUAGAAAGUUCCGGUAUACUCUUUUGGACGAUGAAACAGGAUCAGAUCACCAGCGUAACGUGUUUACAUACGUUACAUGCUGUACAGAUACGAAUACAAUGGAGAUUAUUAUUCUCACCGUAAUGAGCUCUAUUAUGCAAAAAAAUUUGAGCUCGAUUGGACUCCAGUAACCUCAAGUACAAUAUACUGAUGGAUUUAUAAAUGCAGUCUCGAGUCAUUUUUUAUUUGCAGGAUUCUUUGGAGUGGUUGAUACCUUUCAUUAAAAAUGAAUUUAUGGGUUUUAUUUGACUCGUGGUCAUAAAUAA